GGAAGUUCUACUGCUUCUGGAGGGAACGAACGCCACGACAUGCAGCUGGAGGGAACGAGCAACCCCGCUUCGUGUGUGGCAUUCUCAGCGUUGGUAAAUGAACACCUUGGAGUUGGACUUGGAGAAGAAACUAGCUUUACUUUCUUGUUUUGUGCAACCAAAUGGGAAGAUUACAUCGUACCAGAUGAACAACCAGGAGCAGCAGUUGUCGGGGUAUCAUCAAAUCAAAGGAAAGCUACGUCAAGUUCUACAAGAAGUGCUCUAGCUGCAGCAGUACAGCCAGGACCAGCACGAGCUACUUCACAGAGCAAUGCGGCGGUGGCACCACGACCUGCAGCUCUGCCACCUCAGCAGAGCCGUGGUUCUUUUAAUGAUGGCGUAUUUGAGGUACGACUACCUUCUGUGGAAAAUGUGCCAGUUGUUCCAAUGCCUAUUUUGAAGGUUAAAACCUUUCGUCUACAACCACCUCCGGAAAAGGAAUCUUCUGUUGCUGUUGCUCUGAGGAAACUACGACUGAACGUCCGAGAAGCGUUCGUUUUCUCUGCCAUUUUUUCAAAUCAUGAUAUCAUGGAGGAGCAACAUGUUGUAGAAGGAGAACGAGCACCAGAAGAGGCACGGUCGCGACAUCUUCAUGCAAAUGUGAUUCCCUACGCUGGUCUUCGGCUCUCCUCGCAAAAAUUCGAGAAAAAUACCGCAUCCUCGACUGCAGCCUCAACAAAGAAACAAGCAGCACUUCUGCUGGGCAAAGGACAAUCGGAUCUAGGAUUUUGGUUGAAGAAAAUGGCUCAACCAUUAACGCUGGAGGUGACCUCUCCCGAUGAUCUUCACGAAGAUGAGCUGCCUGACAGGAGGAAGAGGAGGAGGAAACAAGUACCCCCAACGUCAACAUCCUUACCCGCGGCUCCCGAUGCUGGUGCUGGUCUUGCAGCAACUUCCAUUGAUAGUGAGGGACGGUUCAGUUUUCUUCCACCAAGUAGUAGGAGUUGUGCAUCGAAAUCGGGGGAACAAUCCGAACUCGUCGAAGCCGACGACGUCCCCGUCGACGACGAGCAGGAGUUCCAAGCAUCUGAAAAAAGGUUAGAAACAGAACUUACGCAUCGUGGAGAUAUGAUGCUAGGAUUUUUAGAGGACAUACUAUCCGGUUUGGAAUUCGUACACUCUUUUGGCCUUGUUCAUGGCGACAUAAAGCCACAGAACAUCGUCCUCAUGGAGAAGGACAGAAGUCUAGAUGAAGAUGAAAAAAUGAAACCGAGGAGCACUUUCUCCAGUCUAGCAGGUCCUUUUCGUGCAGUUUUAAUUGAUUUUGGACACACAUUUUCAGUCGCAGGUGCAUUAGAAGGAGCUAGGACAGCGAGAGAGGCGCAUGGUGGAGCGACUCCAGGUCAGAAGGGAUACCAAGGUCCCGAAACCGAUCUUCCUCAACUGCCUCAGCAUGAAAAUCUAAAUCAUCGUAUCCAUUUUUCUCCCGAGCAUAGAACCAAAUACGACAUCUGGGCUUUUGGGAUCGUCGCUUUGGAAAUGCUGAGUACAUUUUUUCUGGCCUUAAUACCUCAGAGUAGUUGGGAGGGGUGGGCUGCCGGUCUCGGUCACGACAACGCCAUGCAUGACGACGAUCAUCUUGCUGGACGAAGUGGAACAACAAUAGCGCAGUACAUUUCGAAACACCUACUCCCAAACAUUUCGAAGGAGGACACGACGCGUCUUCUUUUUCAAAAGGGUCUUUUUCCAUACUUCUGGAACUUGCAAUUUGACGUGUUGACCAACUUCAUUAUAAAAAAAAAUGCAGAGAUGAAAAUAACAAUGGGUAUAGAUGCAGCGAAAGCCGCGAUAGAAACGAACGUGAAUGGUCCUGACGGUAUAAGAAACCUCAUGCGGAUUGAAAUUUGGAGUAAACGAAAUCCUACUUUGCCAAAAAUAUGCGACCAAAGAACGACGAGUGCAGGUACCCCGAAUGAAGAAAAGGAAAAGCGGCGUAUGAUCAACGUCGGAGUAAAUAAGCUAGUUCAAGCGUGGGAGCAGGAAGUACGUGAAACUUUCGCACAAAGACUCACAGGUGGUCCUCUUCUAGAUUUCUUCCUGGAUCAGUUGCAUGGUCUUCUCAAUGUGGCGAUUCCAAACGCUGCAAUUACCAAGUCGUUGGAAAAGACUGCGAAAGGUAAGUUGAGAAUGAUUCUGAAAGCUGCAUUACGCUAUGAUCCAGCCGACAGAAGGACAGCAAAGCAGUUACUCGAUAUCUACUACAAUGCGGAGGGAGAAGAAAGCCAUGCAGCAGCCCAUGAGGAUGAGGUGUCUUCCGCUCCUGGUGCUGCAUUUGGAGAUGAAAGACCCGCUUCUACUAGUGGUACAGGAAAAGGUGAACAACAAAUAAAAGUACCUGUUUCAUCUUCACCUUCAAGUUCAACCCCGUUCUUGAAAGAAGGUCGUGGCGGAGAUACGACCCUAACAGA